UUACUUCCUGCUUUGGUUCCUCAGUCUCUCAGGUGCUGUGUGAAACCUCUUCAGCUGCUGUAACAAUGGAUCCUGAAGGUUUAAAAGAUGAAUUAAUCUGUGCUGUGUGUCUGCAGGUGUACCAGGAUCCUGUAAUUUUGCCCUGUCAACACAGUUUCUGUUUGAAAUGUAUUGAAAGAGUUUGGGUCCACACAGCAGGCCCAGGAAGGUUUGAGUGUCCUCAGUGUCGCUGUAGAUUCGACCCCAGGCCCAGUCUGAAGAGAAACUUCACUCUGUGUGAUAUAGUGGAAAAAUAUAACCACUCACAGCCUCCUGCUGGUCAUGUCAUGUGUGAUUACUGUGAUAGCAAUCCAAACCCAGCUGUGAAGACUUGUCUGAAAUGUGAAAUAUCUCUUUGCUCCCUUCAUUUAAAGCCACAUUUACAGAACAAGGCUUUCAGUGGACAUACUCUCAUUGAACCUGUGUCUGACCUUACAGACAGGCAGUGUCCUGACCAUAAGGAUCCCCUAAUCUUCUAUUGUAAAGAUGAUGCAAAGUGUGUGUGUGUUUCCUGUGCAAUAAUAGGGAAACAUAAAUCCCACACACUGCUGAGCCUGAAUGAGGCACAAGCUGCAAUUAAGGAAGAAUUAGAGACAGAAAUCAAGAAGCUUCAGGAAGUCCAGCAGAAUUGUUCCAGCAAACAGCGAGGCUUGGAGAGAUCAGAAACUGAAGUAAAGACACGAAUCAAUGAGUUGAAAGGAAAGUUAUCGAAGAGCUUCUCUGAAUGGAGGAGAAAACUGGAAGAAGAUGAAAAAUCCACAUUGAAACUGAUCAAUGAGGAGGGGCUCCGAGCCCUCAAACAGAUUAGAAGCUGUUCUGAAGCAUUAAACAAGAGGAUGGAACAGAUUACAUUUAUAGAUGGAGAAACCCAGACUCUGGUACAGAGGGAACCUCUCUCCUUUAUUCAGAACUCGAAGCAGCUCCUUUCCAGGGUGACUGAGUCUCAGAAAGUCACAGACCCAGAUGUUCCAGAGUUCACCCUGAACCUGUCCAAUAUAUUUCAACUUAUCCAGGAGAGGUUGAAUGGAUGUGAAAAGUACCACUCAGACAUAUUGGAAAUCAUCAUGCCAGCUUCCACCAAAUAUAGGGGGCCAUUGGACAUCAUGCCUCCCCCACACAGCCCCUCUGGGACAGCCCUCCGGAUAGCAGCUGGGAUCAGCAGGAGAACAGGAAUAUCCCAAGGGAAAAGUUCAUUGAGCCUGGAUCCAAAGACAGCAAACUGCAACUUGGUUCUUUCUGAUGAUCUCAGAUCAGUAACAUGGACUGAACGGAAACAAUUCUCCCUCCUUUAUCCAAAGAGGUUUAAACACUAUCCCCAAGUUCUCUGCUCUCAGAGCUUCUCCUCAGGAUCCCAUUCCUGGGAUGUGGAGACUGAUGGGAAUGAAUGUGGAAUAGGAAUUGCGUGUGGGACUGUGGAGAGGGAAGGAAGAAAUUCUUUUCUUGGGAACAGCAAUAAAUCCUGGUGUUUAUAUUGUGGGUUUAGUUAUCUCAAGGCUUGGCACAACUCCCAGUUCACUGACCUUCCUCUGUUCCCCUCUAAACCUAGGAUCCGAGUCCAGUUGGACUACGAGGCUGGGACUUUGUCGUUUUACCGGGUCACUGACUCAGUGAGAUAUUUACAUACAUUUCAAACCACAUUCACUGAACCAGUGUUUCCAGCAUUUUAUUGUGGGAGAAAAUGCCUAAAAUUGUUAAACUAAUCAUGAUGGCGGAGGCUUGAUAACAUCACUUCUUGUUUGAGGGCAUCGUAUGAUGUCACUUUCUGUUUGGCCUUGUGGGCCUCCGAAUCAUGUCAGUUCCAGGGCCGCUUGUGGUCUCUGAUGGCGUCACUUUCAGAUUGGCUUGAGGUCUUUGAUGCUGCCAUUUCCCGGUGAGCUUGCUGGGUCAGCUUGGGGGUUUCUGAUGCCUGCCUGUAUUUUGAAGUUACAUUCUUCACAUUAACUUUAGUUUUUAAAUGCUUUUCUGUUUGCAAAGUUUUGCAAUGUUCAAUUAGUAAAUGGGAUUCCAAGCA